UAAGCUCACGCGAUGAAAAGCUUUCCUGCAAUACCUUUCACCUUCAUGACCUUCUUUGGUGCUGGUAAAGGAAAUCUACAAUACAACAGAUACCUCAAAUAUGAAAAGGAUAUACAUCUCUCUAACUGUGCCUCUCAUAGUGAUACUCACGGGAGCCAUUCGCUGUGAUGACAUUAAAGAGGUGAUGGUCAAGCAAGGUGGAACGGUCGAUCUAUUUUGCGACAUAAUUAUGACCACUGGAUCACACAUUAACUGGUUCCGAAACUGCACUCAUAGCUACCAGCCUCCCCUCAUCAUCUCCCCGACCAUGCUCAGAGAAUAUCCCAUGGCACGCUUCAACAUGGUGAAGAGAGACAAAGUGGAGUCCUACGACCUGCAGAUAUGGAACAUCACACCAGCUGAGGAGGGGACAUACUACUGUGCAAACACAGAGAAGAAAAAUGACGUGGAACAUUACACAUACGGGAAAUCUAUCACCCGUGUGGUACUGACUGGAAAUGAUUCAUGUGAAGAGAUUAAAGCUCCAACGGACUGCAGUGCAUGUCCCCAGCAGGAGCCAGUCAGUGGUAGUCCUGGCCCUUCUCUGGCGCCACUGCCAGAGUGUGGGCAGUGCUGGAUGAUGCUGUACAGUGGGGGUGCUGUGUGCAUUCUGCUCGUUGGUAUCCUCAUCACUGUUUGUAUCUCCCACAUUCACUUACAGAAAGAAGUUCAUCAAAAAGAAGUUGAGUUCUACAUUCAUGGAUCCCAGUUCAAGGCUCAUGAGUUGAGUAAGGACCACCAGUGCAGGAACAGUGUGAGGGGGAAGCCCUGCCUCCACACGGAGGUCAUUUACACACCUCUGGGCUCGUCACACACCCGCCUCCACGACUGAGGACUUCCUAAAGAGGCUGAUUUCUGAAGUGGUUGUUUGUUUGUUUGUUUGUUUAUUUGUUAGAACAAAAACAUGUCACAACAGUAUUAUCACCCAUUGUAAAGUUUUUUUUUUUUUUUUUUUAAAUAACACAAUGUUGCAUACGUCUGUCUGCAGGUUGAGUGCAGGUUGUAUAUAUCUGUAUGUUAUAUGUGUGUGAGAUCUGAGAAGAGUGAAAGCUUGUCAUAACCUAGUGCCAGCAACAAAGUAAGUCCCCUAUUAAACUUUAUCAUGACCCAUGGGAUGGGACACAUAAGCAGACUUCAGGUAAAGGUUGAGCAGAGAUACAUAACUUUAUACACCCUUUAAAGACUUAAAUAACAAAUAGUUUAAUCAUAUUUCUAUGGGAGACAGAAAUGAGGGCAGUAUUGGGGUACGUGUCCCCUUCCUCACCCAGUUCAACAGUAAAGCUGCUGUAUUUUGCGCAAUCAAAGAGCAAAUAGUAGUUGUCUGUGAAGUUAUCAUGAUUCAUGUUGAUUUACUGUUUCUUCCUUUCAUUUUGUGUCCUGAUUGAACGAAAUGCCUGUAGGAUAUAUCAUAGUUAUCUUCAAAAUAAACCUACACAUA